UACUAGAUUCUCCUUACUAUUCUCUAGAUAGAUGAAGAAAGGGAAGGAGCACGUAUCUACUAUAAUACCUUCUAUCGCAAAUCCAUCAACAAAUCCAUCAACCAAUAUAGUAACACAGGUGAUACCAAUACCAUUUUAUCCAAACUUCUCAAGUGAAGCAUUGGUUGGGAUACAAGAAAGUGUUCCCAUUCAGUCGCGUGGAAACAUCCCUGAAGUUUUUGACUCUAGUGGAACUCAGUUUGGCAAACCAGUGAUUGCGACUCAAGAAAAUAUGCAUCUUGGGAUGGAUGGAAGUCAGUUGGAUAAUGAGGGUGGAGCACAGCCAAAUCUUUCUAAUUUUGGUUUAUGAUUUCGUGAUCUAUUUAGUUUAUUUUCUCUUUUGGUAUUGUGAUUGUAAACAAUAUGUGAGUUUCCCAUUGCAAUAUGUGAAU